UUGUAAUUUGUUUGUGAAUUGCGUUAGUUUUGAUUUAUCUUUUGAACUUCUGACUCACCCAUAAUUAAGAUCCACAAUUCUAUAAUAUCAUAUAAAGUUAUAUACCUUUCAGUUAAUUAAUCUUAUUUUCAGUGUUUCCAGGAACACCUGGUUUACAUUUAUUUUCUUAAAGUUUUGUUGAAACCGUCAAACUGGGGAACGAAAUGUCGUCAUCUGCUAUGGAGAAGCAUCUUUUUAAUUUAAAAUUUGCUGUAAAAGAGCUAGAGCGAAAUUCAAAAAAAUGCGAGAAAGAAGAAAAAUUAGAAAAAGAAAAAGCCAAGAAAGCAAUACAAAAAGGUAACAUGGAAGGUGCUAGAAUUCAUGCUGAAAAUGCAAUAAGACAAAAAAAUCAGGCCUUAAAUUAUUUGCGAAUGUCUGCAAGAGUUGAUGCUGUAUCAAGUAGAGUGCAAACUGCUCUCACUACUAGAAAGGUCACUAACUCCAUGGCUGGUGUUGUAAAAGCAAUGGAUGCUGCAAUGAAGUCAAUGAACUUAGAGAAGAUUUCUACUUUAAUGGAUAAGUUUGAGAGCCAAUUUGAGGACUUGGAUGUCCAGUCAUCAUACAUGGAGAAUGCUAUGUCCCAGACGACCACUACCACUGUGCCCCAGGGUGAUGUUGAUCAGUUGUUGCAACAAGUAGCUGAUGAAGCAGGAUUGGAAUUGAAUAUGGAACUUCCUUCAGGAGUACCAAGCACUUCAAUUGGUACAGCCACAGUAGUGUCUCAAGAACAAGAUGAACUCACACAAAGGCUGGCCAGAUUACGACAAGCUGAAUAACCUAACAGAUGGAUAGGUCUUAGGUUAGGAUUAUUUAAGUGUAUAACACACAUUACAGUAUUAUUUUGCAAUGGAUUGAGUAAUAUAACCUAAUACUUGUUAUUGAAUCAAUGAAUCAUUUAUUUUCAGAUGAUGGAUCAGAACCGGUAUAAUUAAAAAAUGAUUUAAUAUUACUUGCAAAAGCAGUAAAAUUACUUCUUAUCAAAUAUAAUAUAAAAUUCUUGUAACACGAUGUUUGUUACCAAACUGCUCCGAAACAGCUGAACCGAUUUGUAUGCAUAUCGGGUAGGUCUGAGAAUUGGCCAACAACUAUUUUUUAUAGCCCAAAAACUUUUUUUGUUAAUUUGUAUGGCAAUACAACAUUUGCUGGGUCAGCUAGUAUUCCAAAAUAAAAGUGUGGUAUAUAUAUUUAAAAUAAUUAUUUUAAUUUCCAUCUUAAAGUCCAGUUGUUAAUAUAAUAUUUUGAGUGUACUCAAUCCAUUGCAUUCUAAGCUCUGUAACAAUGUGAUAAUUUUUUAUAUUUAUUAAGGAAUCAGUUUACAAUUGUGUGUAUAUGAACUGUAUAUAGCUAAGAGUGCAGAACAUCAUAUUUUACUUUUUAACAUUGGCUAAUAUAAAGGUAGAAAGAAAGAAAUAUUAUUUAUUCACUAAGGUCAAAAUGACAGUUAUGAAUGUCAAAUAUUUUACUAUUUAUAUUUUAAUAACAUGUUUUAAAUAUAACAAAUAUACAAUACAUUUGCUAUAUAGUUUAAAGUGCUGGUCCUCCUUUGAAUAUAUUCGUUAUUAUGUUAUUUUCCGUCUUACCCUAUUAUGGUUAAAUAAAAUUACAGAUUGGUCUUCAUAAAUCCAAAACUUCACAGAUAUUUAAUAUAUAAUAAUGUAUACUAUAUUAAGCUUAUGAAAAGUUUGUGGUUCAGCAUGGCGGUAUCCAAUAUGCAUAAAAUUAAUUUAAUUGAAGCAUAUUUUCUUAUAGCAUGAAUAAACAUUUUAUUAAAUCUGACUAACUUCUUCCAUCCCAUUUUUUUCUUACUAUACAAUGAAAUGCUCUUUUACCGCAUUUAUCACGGAGAGUACUGAGAGAAGCUGUUUGGGUUGAUUCCAGAUUCAGAUCCAGGCCAAGUUCCACCACCAGACAUUCCAUCAAAAUGCUAAACACCACCCGCAUCAUGUUGCGUCUGGCAUUCCACAACUCAGGUUUUGCAAGCAAUUUCUUGCACAGCUACAUAUGUUGUGGAAUCAAUGGCUCGGUUGCUAUUUUCCCUAACCAAUACGGCUUAGGCACCUUCAAGAAAGGAAGCACCCUCCCACCUUAAAGGCCGGCAACACAUCUCUUGACACCUAUUGUUGCGGAUGUCCAUGGAUGGCUGCCUCACCACUCAGUCAACGUCAGGACGUUCAGCUGAUGGUAAUUGAUACGCCCUACCCAUAAUAAUGCAGUGCUGCUCAGGAUUGUUGAAAAACACAAAAAUUCUGAGCGGCACUACAAUUGCACUCGUCCCUUUGUGACAUAAGAUGUUAAGUCUCAUUUGCCCAGUAAUUUCACUAGCUACGGCGCCCUACAGACGGAUUCGCAGUAAUGUUUACAUAUUACUGCUUCACGGCAGAAAUAGGCGCCGUUGUGAUACUCAUAAUCUAGCCGUCUUCCUGUGCAAUAGAGCCUCCCACUGGUAAGGAUUACCAACUACUAUCCUACUAAAAAAAAAACCAUUGAAGUACAAUAAAUUGGUGUAACUGUCAUAAAACUAAUUGCAUGCAUACACCUAUAUAUCUUAUGCUAUUUUUGUUAGAAAGUUGUAAAAUACUAUAAAUAUGUACCUAUUUCAAAUCGGUAAUUUAAAUGUUCAUUAUAAUGUGUAUAAUAUAAUGUCAUAAGUAACACACUUGUGUUUUGUAUAUUAAUUAUAUUAUAUGUUAUCAAA